AUAAUUUCAGAAGGCGGUUUGGUUAAUAUAUAAUAUAAAAAGUUAAAUAUUAUUUAUUACGAAUACCAUGUCAAGGUUGAGUACAGGCCUGCAGCUAACAGAUAUAGAUGAUUUUAUUACGCCCUCACAGAUAUGUAUUAAGCCCGUGCAAAUAGAUAAGGCAAGGUCAAAAACUGGGGCAAAGAUCAAGAUAAAAGGUGACAGCUGCUUUGAGGAAUCAGAGAGUGGAAAUCUAAAACUUAAUAAAGUUGAUAUUUCCCUGCAAGACUGUCUUGCGUGCUCCGGUUGCAUCACUUCAGCUGAAGAAGUUCUGAUCACGCAGCAGAGCCAAGAAGAGUUGCUUAAGGUCCUUCAAGAGAAUUCAAAGAAUAAGGCCUCUGAGGACUGGGAUAAUGUGCUUACGAUCGUAAUCACCCUUGCCACCCAGCCUCUACUAAGCUUGGCCCAUCGCUAUCAAAUAGGUGUGGAGGAUGCUGCCCGUCAUCUUAAUGGGUAUUUUCGCAGUUUGGGUGCGGACUAUGUUUUGUCCACUAAGGUGGCGGACGAUAUCGCGCUGCUCGAAUGCCGUCAAGAAUUUGUAGAUAGGUACCGCGAAAAUGAGAACUUGACCAUGCUUAGCUCCUCUUGUCCGGGGUGGGUUUGUUACGCGGAGAAAACACACGGAAACUUCAUAUUGCCUUACGUUUCCACUACGCGAUCUCCUCAGCAAAUAAUGGGAGUGCUUGUGAAGCAAAUCCUUGCCGAUAAGAUAAAUGUUCCUGCGUCACGAAUAUACCAUGUGACCGUGAUGCCUUGCUACGACAAGAAGCUUGAGGCCUCUCGAGAGGACUUUUUCAGCAAGGCAAAUAACUCACGCGACGUAGACUGUGUAAUCACUUCAGGUUUCGAGGUGGAACAGUUGCUCAGUGAGGCUCAGCGUCCGCUAUCGCAGUACGAUCUCUUUGAUUUAGACUGGCCAUGGUCUAAUGUACGCCCAGAAUUCAUGGUAUGGGCUCACGAGAAGACGCUAUCUGGCGGUUACGCAGAACACAUAUUUAAGUUCGCCGCAAAACAUAUUUUUAACGAAGAUUUAACAACAGAGUUGGAAUUCAAACAGCUCAAAAACCGCGACUUUAGAGAAAUUAUACUUAAACAGAAUGGCAAAGCUGUGCUGAAAUUUGCUAUUGCUAACGGUUUCCGGAACAUACAAAACUUGGUACAAAAACUGAAGCGUGAAAAGCUAUCAAACUACCACUUUGUUGAGGUAAUGGCAUGUCCCUCAGGCUGCAUAAACGGAGGAGCACAAAUACGCCCCACUACCGGACAACACGUUCGCGAGCUUACUCGGAAACUGGAGGAAUUAUACCACAACCUUCCACGGUCCGAACCCGAAAACUCAUUAACAAAACAUAUUUACAAUGACUUUUUAGACGGCUUUCAAACUGAUAAAUCGUAUGAGGUGCUGCACACCCGUUAUCAUGAUGUAGUAUCUGACCUCAGUAUAUCGCUUAAUAUAAAUUGGUGAACGUAUUGUGCUUGAUUAUAUCUUUCAGUAUAUCGACAGUUUCGGUAAAGGAAUAAGGCACGCAAACAAAUAUUUAAAAUUAAAAAAAACUCAUUUAAACGGGGUGAGAUAGUGACAAUGCCCUGUUGAAAUCAAAAACUGUAAGAUAUCGAAUAAUAUGAUAAAAUAGAUUUCUUAUUUAUUUAAGAAACUAUUUUCGGGAAAUCAAAAAUUAAAAAAAAAAAAUUGUUAAGUAUGGGCUGUUUAAUAAAAACUGGAGGUGCUUCUUCUAACGCAUCA